GCCGAAGAGGAUAGACUAUUGACAGCUGCUGCUAGGUAUUAUGAAAAGUGAAAACACUCGUCGAUCAUUGGAUUGUUUUUUUCGUUUCGAAUCAAUUCCAUAGAAUUCUGGACAAAUUUCCUGAUGGGAAAUAACAGAAAAGUGUCAUCAUGAACGAUAAUCGUAUACCAAUUGUAGAGCCUACUGUAGAUUACACAAAGGUUCCACCCAUUCAUCAGAAACGUACUGUAUCAUUCAUAAAUCAUUUUGUAGUCAAUACAGUAUCAUUCCUCAACAAAUUCGCAUUGAGCUGCGAAGAACGACUUUUUGAAUUUGAAAAUAAACUUCAGAGGAUCGAAGCUGCUCUGAUAAUUCUUGAAUCCCGACUCGCAUCAAUACCUGGACUAGAUUCAGGUUCUGUGGAACCAACUGCCUGUGAUCCUAAGAAUGUUGAAAGUGACAAUAAACCACUGAUAGUAGAGCCAGAGAAACAAGAAGUGCCAGUAAACAUCGACGAGCUAGAUAAAAUCGAAGAAACAAAACCACAACCGGAAUUGGAAGUGCCAUCUGCAGAGCUUCAACCCAUAAACAAACAUCCACUUUAUGAAAAAUACUUUAAAAUGGUCAACGUCGGAGUCCCGAAAGCAGCUGUGAAAAUUAAAAUGACACAGGAAGGCCUCGACCCAUCUCUCCUCGAUGAUCCCCAACGACAAAUACCGAAAGCUGCUCGAGAUGCACAUCACGACGAAUAAAUCAAUAGUUUGUGUACUUUUUUACUCAAUGAAAUUAAUAAAUAAUAAACACAUGUUUAUAAA